AUGACUGAGGGACAUCCAGUGACGCAGAAGAAGAGGGGGCCCAGGCCCCUCCACACCACACCCAUGGCCUGCUACGACCUCUGCCGCCCCUGCGGACCCACCCCGCUGGCCAACAGCUGCAACGAGCCCUGUGUCAGGCAGUGCCAGGACUCCACCGUCCUCAUCCAGCCCUCCCCCGUCCGCGUCACCUUCCCAGGGCCCAUCAUGACCUCCUUCCCCCAGAGCUCCUUCGUUGGAUCCACCGCAGGGGCUGCCCUGGGCACGGAGCUCAACGUCCAGGGACAGCCCAUCUCCGGUGGCUUUGGCUACGGCCUGGGCUAUGGCCGUGGCUUUGGCUACGGCCUGGGAGGCCUGGGCUGCUCCGGCACCUGCUGA